AUGGCGUACCAUAAUGAUUCUGUCACGCACGACGACGAUAAACCAUCAAAGACGUCAAACGACUAUACUCAAUACUUGAGCCAAUCAAUGAAUAGCUCAAAAGAAAGUGACAACGAUGAGCUGAAGUUACAGCCAUUUGGAUACGAGGCCUCCCGUGCCCAUCCGAGAACCUUCAAGUCACUACAGCCUUCACCUGACCCGCUCCCGACGACUUCGGUAUUGGGAAGUUUGUGGACUCCUUUGGCUGCUCAAUCGAACGAAGAGUUUCGCUUGGAAUGCCAGAUCACCAAUCCCGAGUAUGGAUUUACAAAGCAAGACGAUAAUUCGAGAAGGUGUUUACUAGGAGGUCAGGAGAGCAUGGCUUCGCAGCCACUGUCUUCAGUCUCUGCUUCCCAAUCAGAUACCAUCGUGGAACCUCCGAUGAACCAUCCUCGGUCCCCCGAAGCGGCACCUGUAAGGGUUGAGGCAUGCAAGAGCACGUUUUCGGCUCAUCGAUACUGGGCCUGGGAGAUCUCAGCUUCGAUACUUGGAAUUGCUUGCAUCGCCUCUGUCGUCGGGGUCUUGAUACACGAACAGAACAAACCCCUGAGUCAAUGGGGGUUGGGCCAGAGAUACCUCUCCCCAAACGUGGUGGUCUCAUUCCUCGGCGCCUUGGCGAAAUCUGCUUGUCUCGUCGCCGUUGCCGAAAUCGUGUCGCAGUUGAAGUGGCUGCAUUUUCACAAUAGCCCGCAGGAGCUCAACGACCUGCAGUUAUUUGACGAGGCAAGCCGUGGGCCCUGGGGCGCACUUCAACUGGCCCUUCGCAAGAAUCUUAGAACCCUCCUAGCAACAUCCGCUUCCAUUAUAACCAUAGCCUCGUUGCUCAUCGAUCCCUUUAUCCAGUCCGUCUUUCAGUUUCCUAGCAUCUUGACGCCAAUAUCAGAGAUCAACCCUCCAAUCCUAUCGAGUCAGAUAUACAAUCCAUCCUCGGAGAGCUUUUAUCAGGAGUGCCAUAACCCGCUUAAUAACGACUUGCAAGCGGCCGUGCUUAGGCCAAUUUACAAUGCAAUAAAGGAGCCGCUUCUCCCAUGCAGCGUUGAAAGGUGUGAAUGGCCCACGAUAACUACAUUGGGAGUUUGUAGCCAUUGCAUCGACUUGAGGACGACGAUUGCAUCUACAUGUCACUUCAGCCCUUCGAAGAGUGAUUAUGAUCUCAAAUGUAAUUAUACUCUCCAGACGAUCAACAAAACGUUCAAGGCUGGGUUUGAUAAUGGGGAUGGGGAUGGGGUUGGGGUUGGCAGUAUUAGCAAGACAGGGGCGCACUUUACUGUUUGGACUUCUAUUCCCGAAUAUGUUGGAGAAGAUGAACCGAUCAAAUUACCGUCACAACCAGCCGUCAUUAGCAAAUUCGCGUUUGUACAGUUCGACUCGGAUAUGCAUUUGAGGGACUAUCUUCCACGCGAUCCGGGUUCAUGGGACAACUUCACCUCGAGCUCGACUCCGCCUGUCAAGCAAGCUGGGCAGUGCACCAUGCAGUUAUGUGCCAAAACCUUUGAAACACCUUACUAUGGGAACUUUACAGCAAGCAAUCUCACGGGUCCACAAGCACCCCUCAUCAUCAAUGACAAGGUGUUUGCAGAAAGUACGCAUGGAACUCUAAUGUCUCUCAAUCUGGGCUCCGGGAGCGAUGUUCUAAUGCCAACCAACACGACUUUCCAAUUCAACUAUUGCGAGUAUGCUCAGCUCGCGAGUUACCUGUAUUCUUUGUUUAAUGUGGCCAUGGAUAGCAAGGGUGUCGUGGAUGAUUCGCGCUGUGGUGUCAAUACAACGUUGAAAUUUGUACCCAACGUCGGCAUGCAACUCGGCAAAGUUGAUGAUGUAUCGACACUCGUGAGCCAAGUUGCCGACAGCCUGACCGAGGAGAUUCGCACCUCGGUCAACAGCUCAGCCACGAGCGGCGUGGCCAAGCAGAGCGAAGUAUUUAUUGUCAUUCGCUGGGCGUGGCUUGUGCUUCCAAUCUCUGUUACGGUUCUGACAUUUGCCUUGCUUCUCGUGGUCAUCAUGACCAACCACGCCCGUGGUCUACCGCCUUGGAGAAACUCGAGUUUGGCAUUACUGUUCCACAAGGUGGACGGAUGGGACAGUUCAGAAAUGGUAUUUAGUAAUCACGAGGAUAUGGCGGUCCGAGCGAAAGAGAUGAAAGCACAGGUCACAUAUCAAGAGGGGAUGCUUCUUUUCUCCAAAGUCGAAUAA